AUGGCAUCAUGGAAAAUCAAAGGUUAUGUUUCUGACUCGGAGGACGAAGAUGAAGACGCUUAUAACAAAAAUACGAUUGUUCAUCAGCACGAUGGCCUGCUGCAACUAUCACAAAAGCGAAUUAGCACGAUUACCACAGUCGAAACUAACGCCGUCAACAGCGUAUCGUCUGAGAAUGUCCCAAAGAAGUCAGAGAAUAAUCACACAGUGCAAUAUCAGUGCUCUACCGAUCGAGCUGAUUGUCCGCCAAGCACAUCUCAAAACACUGGGCAAGCUGUAGUCAGACUGGCAGGAUCUCAGCAGUUGACUUCACAGAACGACGUCGCUUCGACUGCGGAAAAGCUCGAAAAGUCCAUAUUAGAAGGCCUUUCUCUCGUCAGAGAUGUUCUCGCAUUCUCGACACAAUCACCUCGACCGCAAUCUCCAGUGACAGAGCUAGAUGAGAGUCCUCUCUCUACGCCGCCUGACUCGCCAAGUUCAUCACAGAAAUUGAUAGAAGCGGUACCUUUCACGACACCGACCGCCGUCGCUGUACUGUCACAACCUUACGAUCAGCUCGUUCCGAACCCUACGAGCUCGAUUCGACGAGGAGAUUUACACCAGGUUCCCCAGAGAAACUUCCGUACACGAAAAGCAAACCAAAUCAACCCUUACUCAUUGGAAUGGGCUAGAUACUUGAAGCAAUGUAAUGAACGUGGUAUCAAACCAGUGAGGAUUGCCAAUCCUCCAUCUCUCUCGCGAAGCAUCCAAGCCGACGAAACACAGGCUUCCUCUUUCGAAGAUGACAGUCAGCAGCAAGAGUCUAUGGAGCCGGAAGCUUCGAUUGCGUACGCGCCGGGGAACUUAAACAAGGGACCAACCGACUUGAUAAUACCUAGCUCUCCGACCGAUCUCAACAACGCUGAUGCUGCUCUUGAAACAGAGGACCUACCUGACCUUGAUCUCUUGAUGCAGAAGACGUAUCACAAAAAUUCUCGCACGACUUGCCGAACAUCGAAGGUACACAAACCCGAUAGACUUGUACUGGAGAAUUCUGAGAAUGCCUAUGACCUGCCCUCGUCCGGCGAAGAAAGUCGCAGAAACAAGCCAUCGCGGCCACGUUAUUCAGCGCAAAUUCAGUGUGACAGCUUGCCUUCGCCCCCGAGGUCUAUGAGCGUCGAUUCCACAGAUCCUCUUCUCCUGCCUGAGAAAUCGGUGCAUAUAUCCAGUCAAGAUGUCCUCCCAACGCCGCUCUUGUCCUCGGCACCGCGACGUAAUCGGUGGGUAGUUGAAGACGACACACAAUCAAGCCCCGAAAACGACCAAGCUAGACAAAUGAGUGAGUCCGCGGAGUCAAACAGCUCUGACACAGACGCAGACAAUUCGAAGACAGUACGAAUAAUGCAAAAGAAAGUCAAAGGUGUUCUGCCUGCCUCCUGGUGGAACAUUGCUCGAGCGCGACAAGAAGUUGUCGCUGAGAAGAGAGAGAUGGUGCAAAAGUCCUUGAGAAAAGAUGACAGAGCCGGUGUAGCACAGCAUAAAACACGACCAACCCCACUCCGCACCACUCAGGUUGAGCGCAAUCCCGACGAGGAUUUGCUGUCUGAAGAAAGUUCAGAGGAAAUGGUGAAAAGUCCGCUCAAACACUUCGCACCAAGGUCUAGUGCUCGGUCUGCUGUGAUGACUCCAGCAGCUUGGGAUGGAGAGGCAACAGAAGUUUUCGACGACGAUGCCAUCGAUCCCAUGUUACCUGUCCGCGAAAGGAUCAACACUGCAAGCCGAAAACGUAAGGUCAAUCCACAUCACCCCGGCAUAAUCAAGCACAGGCGCUACCUAUCAACAGAUGGCAUGUCCAUGUCCAGAGGCAGGCUCGAGAGUCGACCACGGUCACACCAGCCACACAAAAGACGUCACACAAUUACAACACACGAUCUUGUUCAUGUUUUAGAUGCACCAGAUUUGCAGGCCUCCACGACUCAGCGAAGACCUCACUUUCUGCGCGUUGCAGCUAGACGGGCAAAAGAGAAGCCUCAUUUGCGAGGCACAAGAGCCAGUCAUAAGAGUGUGCAUCUGUCUGAUGAUGCGAACCCCGAUGCUGUCUUACAGAAGCUGAAGACACGCACAAACAGCCUUCUCGACAACCGAACGGCACAACGCAAUUUUCAGACGACUGUUGUCUCGCCAGAAGAACCACAUCGUAUUGAAUCGAACCCGGGUGCAAGACCUCAGCAGGCCAAAGACGUUGCGCAAUUGCCUGCUAACGCUUUAACCAUACAGUGUGGACGACUUGAAGAACACCAGCUUCGAUUGACACGACUGCGUUCAUUGCUUCCCCUAUCGAAUAGGUCUGGCCAAGGACAAUUUGAGCACUUAUUUAGUGUGGUCCGAGAUGCUCAAGCUGAAUCACCUCUGCUAGAUGCUCGUCCCAGGCAUCCCCGAAGUCUAGUGGUUUCAGCAGCAUUCCCUACAUCUGGUCAGACAGCGCCACAGCCUCUACCAAAAGACGGAGCUUCUAGGCCUGCCUCAGGAAUGGCAUCUACCACGGAAGCGCGACCAAGAAAAAUGAGAAAACAAAAGCCAGUCCACAAGCCCCAGCUGCAACAAAGUCUUCUUGCUUCUGCAGCACCAGAUACUCAGGCGCUCGAAGUACUAAUCGGUAAGACUGAUCCUAGUGUCCGAGCGAUCCUCGAGCAGGAGUUCGCGAAGCAUCAGCCUGCGUGGUUUCAAGGUUCAAAGAUUGGUAUCUGCCUUGCCAACAACAGCACUCAAGGCCAUUUCUACGUUUUUCUGCAAGUCCUUAAGUCGUACCUGCCAAUGGCACUGCAAGACGCAGAUUCUGACAGGGAAAUGCGCGAGCUCAAAUCUUUUGUUCAUCGUCUCAUUCCUAACCGUGCCUCAAUCGGCGCGCAAGGUCAAGUUGGAGAUAAGACUCACGAUGUGCUCGAAUACGACAUCUUGGUUGCUCGCAACGUUUUUGAUUUGCACACCUGCCUCCUCAGCUUGACACCUACCUGGGCACCUCUGCCACGACUCCUAGAGAUGAAGGUCAACUUCUCCCACGCACAUCAUGAAAUCUGCCUAAUCGCUCUUCAAGCGUGGCGAACUAUUUAUGAUGCUCACCACUCGCAUCCUCCAGUUGUGCAAGGCUUGGGAUCGUGGCUGUACACAAUGUUUGAACAGCUAUUGGAGCGAUGGAGCUCCGCUGAAGAUGACGCGCGUAACGAGGCUCUUAACUCUGUGCACUGGAUUUCUGAAGAAGUCAUACGAAAAGCCAUUGAGCAUAAUCGACAGCAAGUCACAAGCAUGCUGACCCUGACAGUCAGCAAUCUCACUCGAGCAGCUAAUGAUGCGGUCUCAGUUAUGGAAAUCGACUUGCUGUUCAACUUCGAGCGCUAUUCGGCGGUGUUGAACACCUUUUCCAAAACUCCCGACAUGGAUACGACUAUAAUAUGUGUACUCCUGGAGGUGUGCAUCGUCUACGCUGGGCAAAAGCUGCUUUCCUCGAGAACAUCAAAUUCGCUGCCUCUGCUGUCAGGUGUCCGGCAAGCUCUCGCCACUGUUACCUCGAUCGACUCAUUGCUUGACACAAAAACAUAUCACGCCAUGGUCAAAGCGUACUUUGCAGUCGCUAGCUCGACUGUUGGCAGACACGAGAAAUCGUGGGAUGAGUUUUUCGAGCCGACGUCCUCGUACAGUUUCGAUAUGUUCAUAUCGCAACCUCAUCUUCAGAUUAUGAAAACAUACUUUUACCACUUGCUCCUUGAGCAGGAUCCGAGCUCAUACCUGAUGGAGUUACGAUCUCCUGUAUUAACGCAUUGGCUACACGUAUUACUGGAACCCAAGCAUGAUCUGUCGAUAAGCCUGCUGACAGCAAGCAUCUUUCGACAUGAAAGGGACUCACUUGCUAUGCAUACUUUGACGUCGAAGUUCUAUGCUCCUGACAGCCCCGUUCUGGAGCAGGACGUGUUCGAAGCCAUCUCAGAAAUUCGGCACGCUGCCGUCACCCAUGUCAUACACUAUCUACAUAUUCACGAACACAGCUCAGAGGCAGAGUGGCUAAUGGGAGGUCUUGACGAUGGUGAUUCAGUGAGGAUGCUGAGAGAGAUGUUCUCGACUAUGAAAGUGAACUGGAUCGCAUUGAGUGAAGAUCCUGGAGAGCAAGAUGUCUACACGAUCCUCAUACAUACUGCUCUCGAACAAUUUGAAGCGUAUCCAAGAAAAGAUUUCAAGAUCGAUCAAUGGUACUUCAAUCCGGCCACCUUCCCACAAGUUCGGAAGAAAAGCUUGGGAAGAUUACUCGACCACGAGAAAAAUUCCAAUCGCGAUUUCACGGAAGAAGCACGAGAAUUACUAAAUACUGAAGUCAAGUAUGCGCUCAAGCAUGACAGGCUCCAAGGACUUGCACAUGAGCUCAAAGAAGUCUUGCUAGCACGCCCAGCUCAGCAGUCUGCUACCAUGAUCGCCAACAAACGUGCAGUGUUCAUUCGUGACGUGCUUGUGCCAACACUCACGGGAUCUGAUCGAUACAGCAAGGAUGUCAGACUUGUUGUUAUUGGCUCACUUGAGCAUGCUGUCGACAAUUUGGAAUGCAUGUUUGACGCUACAGAUAUUCCAGCACGAGAAAUAUUCUUGGAAGCAAUCAUUGCAACAUCCCCAGCUAUGGUGCAAGUACUAGCAAAUGACGAUGAGGAAGAGAAGAACUUGGUAUACAAACUGGUAAGGCUAUUGUUUGAGUGGUCAGUGGCUACGUUUGAGAUACUGCCACAAGGUUUUAUCAAUGACGACCUACCAAGAAUUUGUGAAUUAGCUGGUAUUGAUAGCACAGAAGCAGCUUUGUGUUUACUGCACUCGGUGUCACAGAAGGCAUGA